CGCGGUGCCGUUGCAGAUGAGCAGGGCGAGGGCGGACGAGGAGGAGUACUGGCACAGCUCCAAGUUCCGCGCCUUCACCUUCGACGACGAGGAUGACGAGCUCUCGCAGCUAAAGGAAUCCAAACGGGCAGUGAAUAGCCUUCGGGAUAUCGUUGAUGAUGAUGAUGAUGAUGAUGAUGACGACCUUGAGAGGGUCAGCUGGAGUGGAGAACCAGUGGGAAGUAUCUCCUGGUCAAUCAAAGAGACAGCCUCCAGCAGCACUAGCUCACUGGAGGGCCGAGACUCCAGCCUACCGAAGGGCUCUUCCUCCUAUGCUGCUUUUCCCAAACAAGUUUCCUCCUACUCCCUAAGCAGCCUAUUCAAAGGACGAAACAAACUUCCAAGUUUCCAGUCCCUUUCAGAUGCCCUCUCUGACACAGGAGUUAAAAACUACGCCCCGGAGCUGCGCAGACCAAAAGCUGAGUACAAGGAUUACAGCAGUGAUUGGAGCCCCAAAGAUACAGUCAGGCGAAUGCAGAGGGGAAAGGUCUGCUCUCUAGAGAGAUUUCGCUCUCUGCAGGACAAGCUGGUGCUCUUGGAUGAAGCUGUAGCAGGGCAUGAUGGGAAUGUCAUUACAACUGUCCUGAUAUUCCUGAAGCGGACGCUAAGGAGAGAGAUCUUUUUUCGGGAGCUGGAGGUGCGGCAGGUGGCCUUGUGUCACCUGAUCCAUUUCCUCAAAGAGAUGGGUGAGCAGAAGUUGCUUCUGGAUCUGCUCAGGUUCCUAGACAGGACUGAGGAAGUUGCUCUGUCCCAGUACCGGGAGCAUUUGAACAUCCAGGAUGUAGAAAAAAGGAGGGAAUUUCUGAAAGGCUGCAUUGGGCUGCCAUUUUCAGCUGAGGAUACCUCCCACAUCCAAGACCAUUAUACCCUGUUGGAGCGACAGAUCAUCAUUGAGGCCAAUGAUCGGCACUUGGAGACAGCUGGGCAGUCAGAGAUAUUUCGGAAAUAUCCUCGUAAGGCUUCAAUACUCAACAUGCCACUAGUGACCACCCUCUUCUAUUCCUGUUUCUACCACUACACAGAGGCUGAGGGAACAUUCAGCAGCCCGACCAACCUGAAGAAAACUUUUAAGAUUCCUGAUAAGCAGUAUGUGCUCACUGCCCUGGCUGCCCGUGCCAAGCUGCGAGCCUGGGAUGAUGUGGAUGCCCUCUUCACUACCAAGAACUGGCUGGGCUACACCAAGAAGAAGGCACCUAUUGGCUUCCACCGGGUGGUGGAGAUCUUGCAGAAGAACAGUGCUCCUGUGCAGGUGCUGCAGGAGUACGUGCGCCUGGUGGAGGAUGUGGAGACACGGUUGAACCUCGCCACCAAAUACAAGUGCCAUGAUGUUGUUAUUGAGACUUACAGGGACCUAAAGGAUCGCAUCCAGCUGAUAGCAUAUAAAUGCAAGGUGGAGCGAGGCUCUGCAGAAGAAGGGAAGAUAAACAGCAUUCUCAACAACAUGCAAAUCCGAUGGAAGAACUGAGCACCUGUAAAGAAGCCUGCUUGGCCGUUGCCUUGCCAGUGAAAGAGGAAACUGCAAAACCCAGUCCAGUGCCAACAGAGCGACUCUGUUACUACUCAUUGCAUGAUCAACGUUUGUCAGUGACAGUGGGUGCCCGUGGCUUGUGGGACAGCGGCGUUCAGGCUGGUUGAAGGCAGCUGCUCCGAUGUAGCCAGCGAAACCAUGGUACUGAUCUACCGGGGUUGAUUCUUUUUGGAAUCUGAUUCUCUUUGACUUGGCUGUAAGCCAGGCAUUGCUUUUGUUUACGGAGGGAAGUUGCUGGGCACAGCAAGAUUACAUUUGCUCUGGGUGCUGCCUGGGCUUAUUCUCACAAGAGGAACAGGUCAGUCAC